GAAAACUCGUCCGGUUGUCUAAGUAUUCGUGUCACACCCCGGCCUGGCAGCCUUGAUCCUCGGGUACAGUCUUACUUAGAGAUGGCUGUUGAGGGAGUUGCGGGAUUUGUUGGAGGAUGUACCGGAGUUGUUGUUGGCCACCCGUUUGACACCGUAAAAGUACGCCUGCAAACACAAUCAGCAAACAGUCCAAUUUACCGAGGAAUGGUGCACUGCUUUCUGUCCAUCGUUCGCCAAGAGACGACGUUUGGUCUGUUCAAAGGAAUCACUUCACCACUCUUGAGCUUUUCUACCAUAGCUGCAGUAACUUUCUCGACAUAUGGAGCAUCAUUACGCCUCCUUGGUUCUCCACAUGGUUCACCCUCCAUCAGUUUGUUGGAUGUGUUUGUUGCUGGUUGUGCUUCAGGAUUUGCUCAGUCUUUCAUAGCAUCUCCUGUCGAGCUAGUGAAGACAAGGCUGCAGCUGCAAGGACAGGGAGUGAUGUUACCAUAUGCGAAAAGGAUGGGACUGAUCAGUUGUUGUCAGCAUAUUUAUAAAAUGGAAGGAAUAAGAGGUGUAAGUAGAGGAUUUAUGACCACUUUGUGGAGAGACGUUCCAUCUUUCGGUGUCUACUUUGUUGUCUAUGAAUGGUCACGACGCUUUUUGUCACAGUGCUUUUCGUCUGGUAGCAAUGGAGGUAUCCCAGAUCCUAUUAUUGUGUUUUUGGCUGGUGGAACAGCAGGAGCAGUAAGUUGGGCAAUCACAUAUCCCUUUGAUGUGAUCAAAUCCAGAAUUCAAGCUGAUGGCAUGCACGGCAGAUUGGCGUAUCAAGGGUUUCUUCAUUGUACUGUGAAAAGCAUACAAGAAGUCGGCUAUGGAGUGUUGACCCGUGGAAUGGGGGUGUGCGUUAUGCGAGCAUUUCCUGCUGAAGGAUCAAUUUUGCUAACGUAUGAGAUUGUCUUGAAAUUACUUGGACAAAACAGUCACGUAUAGGAAUAAAAAUAUGUUAAACUGUCUUGUAG